AUGUCUUCAGAAACAAUAUGGUCGAAUAAUGGUACGUCGCCGUUGCAGUCUUCGACGGGUACCAAUCAGUAUCGAAGUGUAUUAGAUCAAGUGGAUCCAGAGGUGGCCAAGAUGUUGGCCAACUCGAAUUCGAAUCCGAUGAUUUCCGGCGAUAAUGACGGUAAUAGCAGAAGGUUUUCGUUCAAUGAUGGUAGUGAUAUGGAUGGGAACUUUUUUGGGUUCAAAAAGGGUUCCUUAUCUGCAAUUACGGCGCCAGCUGGGGGUUAUGCUGGUAGUAAUAACGGGAGCAACACAGGUCCUCAGCGUAUAAACUUUGGUGCUGCAUCGAUCAGUGGAGGGAUUGCCAGUAGACAUCCGCCGCAGGAUAGCUUUUUGCAGAAGUUUUCGUCUGUAGCAGAUGCUACUAGAGAUAUUGAGUUAUCCAAUAACUUGGGGAAAAUAUCUCUUGACGCACCAAGCUCGAGAAGAACUAGCUUUAACAACACAGACGCAUCUAAUAAUAUGACGCCGUUGGGAGAAGUGGGUGGUAUCUUAGGUACGCCUCACGGUUCUUUAAAUGAAAACUUGAAUAUGCCUGUUCCAAGAACGUCCAGACAUCAAUCAAUCAGCGAAAAAAUUGAUAACUACAACAAUAGUUCGCCGAUUCAAGCUGGUGCUGCUUUAUCAGUUAAUUCAGAUUUAAACAGUAAUGCGAACGACCAGACUUCAGCUAUUCGUCACCCACAAGCUCCCCAUACGUUUUGGAACCCAGCAACGGCUACAUCCUUCACCCCUAACAAUUCAUAUGGGUAUUUUAUGGAAAAUAAUGGGUUGCAAGGAGCUCCUGUUCCUCCGCAAAACUUUAAUCCUUACAAUCGUAAUGGUCCUAGUGCUCCACCAAUUAGUCCCCCACCAUUUAUGAUUCCCUCGCCUCCAGCACAGUUCAUGGAUCCUGGCUUAUACAAUAUGAUGACAUAUGGUAUCAAUGAUGACUCUCCUGAUGGCGAGCAUCAAGAGGACAAGGAUAACAGUGAUGAUGCCAAAAAUGGUGAUUUGAAUAAUCGACUGGAAACAAAGCAGAAGGAUGUAUCAAGAAAGGGACAUACUCCUGGUAUUGGUUUAAUGAAUCGUCAAGCCGGAGCUGGAGCAGGAUUUAUGUUUCAACCUUUUAAUCCUUACUCCCUUUAUCAGCAGUCGUCGCCGCCUGUGGGUAUGUCACCAGUGGCUGAUCCAAACUCUGGAAAUUCAUUACUUGAUGAUGGUACCUCAAAGAAUGUACCUCCAACCCAACUGACACGUCCAUCACACGCAGCUCCUUCAAAUGGUAACAAGCGCAAGGGUAACCCAAGAAACGCUUCUUCGUCUGGUAAAGGAACUAACCAUAUUUACAGAUCACCUUUACUUGAGGAAAUCCGUUCCAAUUUCAAGGGUAAAGAAUAUUUUUUGAAAGAUAUCUAUGGGCAUGCCGUUGAAUUUACGAAAGAUCAGCAUGGAUCGCGUUUUAUCCAACAAAAGUUGCCAGAAUCUAGUGAUGAAGAAAAAGAAGUGAUUUUCAAUGAAAUUAGAGAUAUAUCGUAUGAUUUGAUGACUGAUGUUUUCGGUAAUUAUGUCAUACAAAAGUAUUUCGAACAUGGAUCCCCAAUUCAAAAGAAAAUCUUGUUGGACUGUAUGAUUGGUCAUAUUUAUGAAUUGUCUUUACAGACAUUUGGCUGUCGUGUUGUACAAAGGGCCUUAGAGGCGAUUGAUUUAGACGGACAAAUCCAAAUUAUUGAAGAAUUAAAAGACUACAUUUUGGUAUGUGCAAAGGACCAAAAUGGUAAUCAUGUUAUUCAAAAGUCUAUUGAAACAAUUCCAUUUGAUCGUAUUGAGUUUGUCUUAGAAUCCUUAGAUAAUCAAAUAUACCACUUGUCAACCCAUCCUUAUGGUUGCAGAGUGAUUCAGCGUUUAUUAGAGCAUUCGGAUGCUGAAGACAGAAAGAAAAUAUUAGGAGAAUUGAAUAGAUUUAUUUUCUAUUUGAUUCAAGACCAAUAUGGUAAUUAUGUUAUGCAACAUACUUUAGAACGAGGUAACCCAGAAGAUAGGGAAGAGAUUUUGAAAAUUGUUUUAGGAUCCGUUGUUAACUUUUCGAAACAUAAGUUUGCUUCAAAUGUUAUUGAAAAAUGUAUCAAGUUUGGUACUUUAGAUCAAAGAAGACGCAUACUACAUGAAGUCAUGAUUGGAAAUGAAGACUACAACGUUGAAACUGUCAGUGACGAUUCAGCUUUAGCAUUAAUGAUGAAGGACCAAUAUGCUAAUUAUGUGAUUCAGAAAUUGGUUGAAGGUUUCGAUGCAAAGAGCGACGAGAAGAAAAUUUUGGUUGUAAAAUUGAGACAAUAUUUAAAACAAAUUUCUUCAAAAAAUAAUUAUGGGAAGCAUUUAGCUUCAGUUGAAAAAAUGAUUAUAGUUGCAGAAACAGCGUUAGUUGAGGCAGAAAGAAGUACAUAA